AGCCGUGGGAAUGUGGAGGCCCUUGGGAAUGCGGGAAUCCUUGGAAUUGGGGGAUUGGCACUGAGGGGACCCGUGGCAAUGGCGGGGGAUUGGUAUUCCAGGAGCUUUUAGCACUGCGGGGGACCCCUUGGCAUUGAGGGGGCUUUGGGAAUGGGGGCUCCUUUGACAUUGGGGGCGCCCUUGGAAAUGGGAAUUCUUGGAAUUGAGGGGUUUGGCAACGGGAGGGGGCACAGGGCAGGGGUCCCUUGGCUGGACAGCGUUAAAAAGUGGCUUCCUUGGCAUUGGGAGGCUCCUUGGAAAUGGGGGAAUCCUUGGAAUUGGGGGAUCGGCACUGAGGGGACUCUUGGCACUGAGGGAGCCUUGGGAAUGGGGGACCCUUGAAAAUGGGGGAAUGCUUGGAAUUGAGGGGUUCGGCAAAGGGGGAACGCUUGGUAACGGGGUGGGGGAGUGAGCGGGGGGCUCUUGGCUGAGAAGGGGUUAAAAAGGGCAUUCCUUGGCGUUUGGGGGGUCUCCUUGGGAAUGGGGGAAUCCUUGGAAUUGGGGGAUCGGCACUGAGGGGACCCUUGGCGUGGAAGGAGCCUUGGGAAUGGGGGGCUUGGCAUGGGGAGAGCUUGGAAAUGAGGGGAUCCUCUGGACGAGGUCGCUGCAUCCAUGUGGGAAAAGGGUUUGGAAACGACGUUCUGGGGGGAAAUGGGGAGCGGCUCCAACUUUCUCCCAAACGUUUCUCGUCCCUCUGGAGCUUCCCCCGUCCUCUGGUGGCAGAUCCUCUCGCUUCCCGGCUGGAAUGUCAUCUCCCGGCUGACAUUCCCGGUGGGAUGGAAGCCACAGGCGCCCUGCCGUGGUGUCAGCCACAGGAAAUCUCGGGAAAACGGGAAAAAAACAGGAACGCGGGUGAAGGCUGAGCGAGAAAUCCCAUUUUUAUGUAGAAUCACAGAGUGAUUUAGGUUGGAAAAGAUCCUUAAGAUCAUCAAAUCCAGCCGUUCCCUCAGCACUGCCAGAGCCACCACGUCCCUAAAAGCCGCGGGACUGUCUUGGAUCGGUUUUUUUUUUCCUUUUAUUUGCCUCCUUUUCCAUGUUUUGAAGAAAUUGGGAUGUUGGAAAGCAGCCUCCCCGGGGAGCUGAGUGCUUUUUAACUCUGCUCGGCUGAGCUGACUCGGCUGAAAAGGAGGAAGCAGCACAUCCAGAGAAUCAUUUCGGUUGGAAAAGAGCCCUAAAAUCAUCCAAUCCAAGGAAUAACCACGCUGAUCCUUGGAUCCUGCCCUGCAAGGACAGCGGAUUUUUUUUUUUUUUUUUUUUUUAAUGGCUGCUGCAAACGUGUGAAAUAGAAACAAAUAAAUUAGAGGAAGCGAAAGUGAAACUGCUGCUCCUGGCAGGAGGAAGUUCAUCCCGUGACAGCGAUUCCUGCUGCUUUUGGGGAUCUUCCUGAGCAUUUUUUGUGGAAAAAAGUUGCAUUCUGUGGAUUUUUUUUUUCUGGCCAGAAGAGAGGAGUUUGCGCCUACUCCACGUAAGGGAUGAAGAGGUUCAAGAAGAGGCACCUCACAGCCCCCGAGUGCGAAGCUCUGGCCCAGAGCGCCGAAGGCUCCUCCCCCCUCAGGCAGCCCCUGAGCCAGGGACGAGGCAGAGGAGGAAGAAAUCGAGGCCUUCAUCCCACCCAGGGGACACGGACGCAUCCCAGAGGACCCGGCCGGCAGAGGAACAUCCUGGAUUUCUUCGGAAAACGACAAGAGAAGCAGCAAGUGGGGGCUGCAGGGAUGAGGAGCUGUGGGAUCAAGGAAGAGCCGCUGGAUCCCUUUUUCCCUGGAUCCAGUGAUUCCUUCAGGGACACGAGGGACACCAGCAGCAAUUCCUUGAUUUGUCUGGAUGACCAGGACUUCGUGGCAGCUCCCAGGGGACAUUCCAGGAAAAGGGCUCUUCCCACUGCGGCCUCAGGCGUUCCCAAGGAAGAGCAGGAUCCGUGGGGGGAGCCUGACAAGAAAAUUCCAGACCUGAGCCGGAUCAAGCAGGAAUGUGAAGACCUGGAAGUGGAACCGCUUCCCGACACCCACUACGGGCUCCUGGGCACUCGGAACUGGGAAGUGCCUCAGGGAACGAUGGAAGAUCUUCCUGCCGAAGUCCUCAGGAAUAUCUUUGCCUUCCUGCCCGUGCUGGAUCUGUACCAGAACCUGAGCCUGGUGUGUCACUCCUGGAGGGAGAUAAUCCGGGAUCCGCUGUUUAUUCCUUGGAAAAAGCUCUACCAGCGGUACCUGAUGAAGGAGGACAUGGCCCUGCGCAGGGUUGAGCAGAUCCUGCAGGAGUUUUCCAUAACCAAGGAGCAGGAGGGAUGUGUCUUGGGGCUGAUCAGGUUGGUGUCAUCCACGGCCACGGGCCCGAAGGUGGAUCCCAGCGCGGUUCUCCGGAGUUUGGGAAGCCAUCCCCUCUUCCCAAAGGCUCAAGUCUGUGUGCUCCACAAAUUCCCAGACUUAAAGAGCAAGGCAGGGGCUGAGAAGAUGUGGGCCAUCCUUGCGGUCAUGGUGCUGUUCUCCGACGGCGUCGGCGACAUCCGGAGGCUCCUGGAAUGCCUGCGGAGCCCCCGCUCCGAGCUGUCCGUGGUGGAGGUGACCGAGGUGCUUUACUGCAUGGCCACGCUGCUGUUUGCCAUGAGGGACAGGGGCAUUCCCAUCACCAACAGGAUUCACUACAAUCUUUUCUACUGUUUGUACCUGAUGGAAAAUGCCUCUGGAAUUGUGCAGCCUCUGGAAGAGGGAAGAGUGGCUUCCAGUGGAUGUCAGACUGUGUCAGAUGUCAGUGGUGUCAGACUGACCCAUGAGCAGCAGAGGAUUUUGAAUCACAAGAUUGAGCCUGGCCAAACAGUGAAAAUUAUGGCAUUUGCAGGCACAGGGAAAACCUCGACCUUGGUCAAGUACGCGGAGAAAUUCCCGGAGCUGAAAUUCCUUUACGUGGCUUUCAACAAAGCUGUGGCAGAGAAGGGGAAAAAUGUUUUUCCAAGGAAUGUCACGUGCAAGACAUUCCACUCCUUGGCAUUCGGAAGCAUUGGGAGACACUACAAAGACAAAGGCAAGCUGAACUUCUCCAAGAUGUCCGCUUUCUCCAUCAGCUUCCUCCUCCGGAACCGUAAGGAGCAAUCCCUGUUUGUGAGAGGGAAAACCGUGUCCCAGACUCUGGAAAACUUCUUUUCCUCCUCGGAUGAGGAGAUCUGUGAGGAGCACACGCCCGUGUGGUUCAAAAACACUCACGGGCGAAUGCAGCUUAUGAGCCAACAGGAAAAGCAAAUCAAUGUGGAAGAGGCCAAAGAGAUUUGGCACAACAUGAAGAAGCUGGAUGGAGACGCAGAGAAGAGAUACAAGAUGACUUGUGAUGGAUAUUUGAAGCUUUGGCAGCUCAGCAAGCCCCAGCUCUCAGGGUACGAUGCCAUUUUUGUGGAUGAAGCCCAGGAUUGCACUCCAGCCAUCGUGGAUAUUGUGCAGUCCCAAAAAUGUGGGAAAAUCCUGGUGGGAGACCCUCACCAGCAGAUUUACACCUUCCGAGGGGCCGUCAACACCCUUUACGCGCUGCCUCACACCCACGUGUACUACCUGACCCAGAGUUUCCGCUUUGGCCCCGAAAUCGCCUACGUGGGAGCCGCGAUCCUGGAUGUGUGCAAAGGGAUCCGCAAUAAAACCUUGGUGGGAGGAAACCAAAAGGGAGACGUGAGGGGAGGCCGCGCCGGGAGGAUGGCCGUGCUGUCCCGGAGCAACUGGAACGUGUUUGAGGACGCCGUGGAAUUCACCGGGAGAGACCCCCCGGCCAAAAUCCACGUCAUUGGGGGAUUGGCAAGAUUUGGCCUAAGCAGAAUUUAUGACAUUUGGAAGCUCAGCCAACCUGCAGAUGUCCGGCAGAACUCAAACCUCGUGAUUAACGAUUCCUUCAUCAAGAAAUGGGAAGAAACCGAGGGAUUCAUCGGACUGAAGGAAUACGCGGAGCACGUCGACGACAGAGAGCUGCAGCUGAAGAUUUCCAUCGUGGAGAAACACAGGGAACGGAUCCCGGAGCUGGUGCAGAGGAUUCAGGGAAGCCACGUGUCCCGGGAAUCGCUGGCAGAUUUUCUCAUCGGGACCGUCCACCAAGCCAAAGGCCUGGAAUUCGACACCGUUUGCGUUGCAGAUGAUUUUGUGCAAAUCCCUUCUGUCAGUGGGGCUUUCCUGAGGGGAAUGAACAUCAUUCCUGGCAGGACCCCUGAGGAUGAGUGGAACCUGCUCUACGUGGCCGUGACCCGAGCCAAGAAGUGCCUGCUGAUGUCCAAAUCCCUGGAAAACCUUUUAAUGUUGGCUGGAGAGCGUUUCCUUCGGGUGGAGCUGCUGAGUGAGGCUGGGAAGGACGAGGGCAGAGCUCCCAUCACUUGUUGCGUAUCAGGAUGUGCAAAAUCCCUGGAAUUCAGUUCUGGGCUGGUGGUGAAGAAGCUCCCAUUGACUCACAGCGACGGCAGCCAGGAUCCCGGGGGAUUCCUGUGCCAGGCCUGCACCUGGCAGUGCUUCGGCUCCCUGGCUCCACUCACCUCCUUCCCAACGAUCAGGGAAGAGCCCGGCCAGCUCUAACAAAGCCCUCCAGCUUCCCUGAACCAUCCUGGAUGUGGGAUAAAUCCUCUUGGCACAUCCCAGCACCAAAAUCAGGUGGAUGUCGGAGCAGGAUUUCAGCCCAGCUCCAAAAUCAGGUGGAUGUCGGAGCAGGAUUUCAGCCCAGCUCCAGAGGAACCUCCAGGCUCCCUGGGGAAGAUGUGGUGCCUUCCCUCCAGCCCUGCCUCAUCCCCCAGGAGCUGGGAAGUGGGAUAUCCAGAGGAAUCUGCACUGUAGGAAUGGGAUCGGACAGAGCAGGGUUCCUUUUGGAGCAUUCCCCCUCUUCCUCCCAUCACCACUGUCCAGAGUGCCCGAAUAUCCCAUCGUUCCUGGAAAUCCCUCUGACCCACUGAAAAAAGAGGAAACACAAUGCUGGAAAGUAUCCAAAGAAAGUUUAUUUUUUGGAAAUGAACUUUUCCUGCCCAGCCAUGGGAGGAAAUCCGUAAGCUCUCCUGGUGAAUUCCUUUUCCGUCCUUGCAGCCAGGAGAUUUCCCUGGACUCUUUCCCUUCUCCCUGCAGCCAGCCAGGAGGGAAGAAAUGGGACAGCAGCAGAAAAAUUCCUUUGGUUUGGUUUCAGCCAAACUCAGGGACAAACUGAAGAGAGAUUUCUAACCCUAAAAUUAAAUUUAUAGCCAAAAAAAAGCCUUAACACUUCCUUUUUGUCUCUUCCCUUCCCUUAAAUAUCCUUAAAUAUUUCCCAGCCCUCCCAGGAGCACUCUUGUAAAUCCGGGUGGAUCCUGCUCUCCGUGCCACAAUUCCAGAGCCUGUGCCAUGGGAACUCAAAACUGAGAGUGGUUUCAGGAAUCUGCCCGGAGCUGCUGCAGAAGCUCUCGUGCAUCCUGGUUUUUUCCAUGGUUGUUCAUGGAACUGCUUCCCUCCCUCUCCUUUCACUUUCAAAGCCGACUCCAAGAACAAAUUCCUACAUGGGCAGGAAUUGCCCCAAACACUUGGAUCUGGAUGGAACCACAAAGCCUGGAGUGGGUGUUGGAUCAGGCACCUCCAGUGCUCCCUUCCAGCCUCCCCUGUUUCCCGACCAUCCCGGGUUCCCUGGGAACUGGGAUGCACCCAGUGCAGUGCCUGUCACCCAUCCCCAGAUCCGAGGCACAAACAGGACAAGAGCAGCCAGGAAAAGCCGUGGAAUUUCAGCUGUUGGAUCCCUCCUGCUUCCCAAGCAGCUGCCACUGUACCAUCACCUCCGGAGGAUGGGAAUGAACCUUUCAUUCCCGUGGUGUCUGAUGAACCCUUGGUGCCUUGGGGAUGGAUUCAUCCCAAUCCAGUCCUUCCCACCAUCCUGGCUGAGACGUCCAGUUAAGGAAUCCACUGCUCCGAGUGCUAUUUUCUAUAUAAAAUAUAUUUAUUUGUACAUAAAAAUAGAGAGCUGCCUUUUCCAGAGUGUAAGGAAACAAUUGGAUAAAAACUGGGUAAGGAAACAAGUGGAUAAAAACUUCUGAUGGAUAAAGGAAAAACACACAAAGGAAAACA